GCCGCGGGGGGCCGAGGGAGGGGCCCCCGCCCCCAGGAUGAACCCCAGUAGACCGGCAGGAGGCUGAGUGGGGAUACCCCAUCUCCAGAAUGGACCCCAAGAACCGCGGGGGGCCGAAGGAGGGACUUCACCCGCGUGAUGAACCCCAAGAACCGCGGGGGGCCGAGGGAGUGACCCCACCCCUAGAAUCAGAAGAAGGAGGAGGAGGACGAGGUCCCCCCCACAGCGGCAGUGGCUGGGGCAGCUGCCGGGGCUGCCAUGGCCCCCGAAGCAGGGAAGACUUCAGAGCCGGAGAACAACAAUAAAAAAGCCAAAGCCGCCGGUUCCCAGGACUCUCAGCCUUCUCCUCUGGCUCUCCUGGCAGCCACUUGCAGCAAGAUAGGAACUCCGGGUGAAAAUCAAGCCUCCGGGCAGCAGCAGAUCAUCAUCGACCCGAGCCAGGGGCUGGUACAGCUUCAGAACCAGCCCCAGCAGCUGGAGCUGGUGACCACGCAACUCGCGGGAAAUGCUUGGCAACUGGUCACCGCUACCCCUCCCUCUUCGAAGGAAAAUAAUGUCUCCCAGGCAGCCUCGAGUUCGGCCAGCUCGUCCAGCAGCACCAAUGAGGGCAGCUCCCCGACCAAGGCCAAGCCCGGCCAGCCUUCCGCCUCGGGUCAGUUUCAAGUCAUCCAGGUACAGAACCCCGGUGGGAACGUCCAGUACCAAGUGAUACCACAGCUGCAGGCCGUGGAGGGCCAGCAGAUCCAGAUCAACCCAGGCGGUGCUGCGUCUCUGCAGGAUUUGCAGGGUCAAAUCCAGCUCAUUCCUGCAGGUAAUAAUCAAGCUAUCCUCACAGCUGCAAACAGGACAGCUUCUGGGAAUAUUCUUGCCCAAAACCUGGCAAAUCAGACGGUCCCAGUCCAAAUUCGGCCUGGGGUCUCCAUACCAUUGCAGUUACAGACAAUUCCAGGCACUCAGGCUCAAGUUGUGACAACUUUACCCAUCAACAUUGGAGGAGUGACUCUAGCUUUGCCUGUGAUCAACAAUGUGGCUGCUGGAGGAGGCCCCGGGCAGAUCGGCCAGUCUGCUGCUGAUGGGGGAACGUCCAAUGGGAAUCAGUUAGUGUCCACCCCUACCCCCACCCCGCCCACCACCACUGCCUCUGCUAGCAGCGCUAUGCCCGAGUCCCCCUCGUCCUCCUCCACCACCUGCACGUCCACUGCCUCGACAACUCUGACGAGCAGCGACCCGUUAGUGAGCUCGGUGGACGCGGGCCAGUAUGUGAGCGCCUCAGCUGCUGCGGGCGCUUCAGAAAGGGCCCUUGAAGAAUCUCAGACCCCUGCCCCGGAAGCUGAAGCCCAGAACUCUGGUCAGCUCCAGCCCAACGGCCUUCAGAAUGCCCCGCAGCAGGAGCAGGCCAGCUCCCUCCAGCAAGUGCAGAUUGUAGGCCAGCCCAUCUUGCAGCAGAUCCAGAUCCAGCAGCCUCAGCAGCAGAUUAUUCAGGCCAUACCACCCCAGUCAUUUCAGCUCCAGUCAGGACAGACCCUGCAGACCAUCCAGCAGCAGCCUUUGCAGAAUGUCCAGCUUCAGGCUGUAAGUCCAACUCAGGUGCUAAUCAGAGCACCGACCUUAACCCCGUCAGGGCAGAUCAGUUGGCAAACUGUGCAGGUUCAGAAUAUUCAGAGCCUUCCCAAUUUGCAAGUUCAAAAUGCUGGGUUACCCCAACAACUCACCAUCACCCCAGUGUCUUCAAGUGGUGGCACAGCUCUGGCCCAGAUUGCCCCAGUGGCAGUGGCUGGGGCCCCAAUAACGUUGAACACUGCCCAGCUUGCAUCCGUGCCUAACCUUCAGACGGUGAGCGUGGCCAACCUGGGGGCUGCAGGUGUCCAGGUGCAGGGAGUUCCAGUGACAAUCACUAGUGUGGCCGGUCAGCAGCAAGGCCAGGAUGGAGUGAAAGUGCAGCAGGCCACCAUUGCCCCAGUGACGGUGGCCGUCGGGGGCCUCGCUAACGCCACAUUAGGCGCUGUCAGCCCUGACCAGAUCACUCAACUGCAGCAAGCCCAGCAGACGUCAGACCAAGAGGUUCAGCCUGGCAAGAGGCUGCGGAGAGUGGCCUGCUCCUGCCCCAACUGCCGCGAGGGAGAAGGAAGAGGCACUAAUGAGCCAGGAAAAAAGAAGCAGCACAUCUGUCACAUUGAAGGAUGUGGGAAAGUUUAUGGCAAAACGUCCCACCUGCGGGCCCACCUGCGCUGGCACACCGGUGAGAGGCCCUUCGUGUGCAACUGGAUCUUCUGUGGCAAGAGAUUCACGCGAAGCGAUGAGCUGCAGCGGCACCGGAGGACCCACACAGGUGAAAAGAGGUUUGAGUGCCCAGAGUGUUCUAAGAGAUUUAUGCGGAGCGACCAUCUCUCCAAACACGUCAAAACUCAUCAGAAUAAGAAAGGCGGCGGGACAGCCCUUGCCAUUGUGACCUCUGGGGAACUGGAUGCCUCUGUGACUGAGGUGCUCGGCUCACCGAGAAUUGUGACAGUUGCGUCCAUUUCGCAAGAUUCAAACCCAGCAACUCCUAAUGUUUCGACCAACAUGGAGGAGUUCUGAAAGGGGAUUUACGCAGAGACGUCGAGGGCUGCACUUCAGUUUACACACCUUUCAAGAUACGGAAAUGGGCCGGUAAAGUGGAUUACAGAGUAGGAAAUCAUGUUUUCAUGCUUGGCUUCUUUAAUAAAAAAAAAAAAAUACCAAGUUUUAGGGUCAGCACAGGAAGCGUAUGCAGGUGCAUCGAGACAAUUUUCAAAAAUACAAAAUUCAAAUUGAUAUUCUGGAAAAAACAUGUUGGAUAAGCAUUUCCACCAUACUGUACUUUUUAGUUAUUUGGAACUGUUAUCACGUAAAUUUUUUAAAUGAAACUUUCCCCUUUUAACAAUGUGUGUUAAUAUGUUUAUAAAGACAGACCUCAAUAGUUUGUAGGCUGGACCUUAACUGGACUUAUUUUCAUUUGGAUGUACUUUGUUAUAAAUUGAAUCAGUAAUGUUUUACAUGCAUUUCCUUUCCCUUAUGGCACUGAAAAAGAUAGGGAUAUUGCUGUGUUUCCUUAGUUUGAUUCCUGUAAGCAAACUGACAAUAUUUUUGGCCGUCUUUUCUCAGCUUAGAGAUUCCUCAAAAACAUAAUUAGGUGAGUGCUGUCAAAGUAAUCUGAGGAACAUCUCAGAUAAUUAUGACCACUACAUUGUAGUAGUGUGGACUCAGACAAUCAGGGAACUCCAAUUAAUUUCUCCAUUUGGAGAUGUAAGAGGAAUUUAAAACUGAAUCUUAGAGUAAACUUUAGAAAAAUACUAAAAAGGUUUUAUGAAAGUUUCUCAUGUCUUUAAGAAAAUAAAAGGUGGCAAUUUAGAUGUAAAGGUUUAGAGUUAGGAGUCAUGGGUUUUCUAACCCUGGUUUUGAUCACAAAAUUGAUUUUAAUGUUUCUACUGGAAGUUGUAGAUAGAGUUGUUACCUGAGUGGUGUAAUUCAUUCUGUAGGUACAUAUUCUGUAAAUAUAAGUUAUGUUGAUGUUGUGCAGAAUUCUUUAUACUUUUACUCGGUAGCCAAAGAAAAGUAUGGAUUAUCACUUUUUUUAAAGGCCAGCAGAAAAUCUAUUAGUUACAUUGUAACGUUCUUUUACCUCUUCUGACAAUUGGCCAGCUACAUUUAAUUUCAAGUAGUGGGUUAAUAGUUUCAUAAGGCAUUUGAUAUUUACACUUCUUCAUAUUAUGUUAAUAACUAAACCUUUAUAAGGCAGCCUGAGAAAUAUGCUAAACUAAAAAAAAAACAAAUUAAUAUAACGAUAAGGAAAAAGUAGAGUUUAUCACAUCUUUUCUGUAAGUCUGCCACUACUGAUCAGGAAGGAUGGCCAAAAGUUUCAUGUGAAAAUUUUAGAUUGUAGCAACCAUAGCUUAACCUUUGGUUCUUGACUUUUUUUUUAAGAUUUGCACAGAAAAUAAUUAAUGAAACUGAUCCUUUUAUAUAGGGUAACUUUUUUCCCUGAAUAGUUUAUUAAAAAUUGGAAAUUCGGGGACUGUUUAAUAUUAGGUAACUGUUGUCUUGUGCAUUUUUCUCUUUCAGAAAAAAAAAUAUUUACUUCUCAUGUGGGUUCUCUUCCAAACUUGGUCGUAUUUCAUGUAUUUUUGAAGAAGGAAGAAUACUGUCCUGAUCAUUGUUUACACUGUGUCCACUUGAGGCCAGCCCUUUGUAGCGUUCUAUAAAGCUGAAGGUCUUUUGUGCUUUCAGUUUGCAUAAAAAGCUUUGAGAUUAAAGGAAAAACAAUUUUACACUGUGCUUAUAAAAUUUCAAGUUUCUUAAAGCUUUUGUAGACUUGUAACAAAGUCUUUAAAUUUUAGUUGGGUUUUGUACAUUGUUUUGUAUAUUUUAUUUAAUGUACUCUUUCCCGAUCGAUGUGUCUGGCUUUGACACCUCCAGAGCAGGUAGAUGUUUUCUUUAGUCCAAGUGAACACUAGCUCUAGUGCUCAUUGUUGGUUUGGUUAGAUGGGAACUGAAACAUCAAAUACAUCUAUUUGAUCUGUCCUUAAUGCUCUACAAUCAGUGCUGUACAUUUCUUUAUGCAAAGAAACGUUCUUAAUGUUUUAAUCAUGUUUCCUCGUAGUAACAUGUUUGUGUUAAAGAAGAUAUGGGCAUUCUGCAGCAUAUUCCGUAACCCACUGCUUAUGCAUAUCUAUGUAUGGGUGUUGAUAGAAAUGGAAGUUAUUUUUUUAAUCAGCAAUGAGGCCUAUUGUAAAUUUAUCCAACGGAAUCUGGAUGGCUUUAUAGCAUAUACAGUAUAUUAACAUGUGUUAGCAGGUGCACAUUUCACCACUGGAAUUAGACACGUUCUGACAGUCUGUUCUGCAGACCAUUCAAAGUCCACUUUUCUGUCUUAGAAGGAUCAUAAAUUUCAUUGUCCUUUAUUUGACUCAGUGGGAUAGAGCUAGUGUGAGCAGUAGGGCACAGCUGUGCAUAGGAUUCUGUUUAAUGGCAUUUCACUGUUCAUUCCCUUUGCCGCCAUUACGAAAGUUUGUUUUUAUUGUAAUUAUCAGUGCAAAGCUAUGUAUUUAUCACGGUAGAACUCCAAUGUUAGGAUAGUUUUUUCUUACAAUAUGCUUUCUUUGCUUAGGUUUGUGUAUAUGUGUUGCCGAUUACAUUAGAACUUGAUGUUAAGUCAUUAUUUAUCACACUCAUGAGAGCAGUAAUAAAAGUGUGUAAUCUAGGAGAAAAAGUUAAUUUGUCAAACUUAGGGUAAGCAUGAUGUUUAGGUCCUAUUUUUCAAUUUUAUAACUGUUUUAUUGCAACAAUAUUUGUAUUUAAGUCUUCAUUUUAAUGCCUUGUGGGUUUUUUUAUGCAUGUCACUAAAUUGUCAUCCCACAAAAAUUGAUGUGCAGCAUAGGGUAUUAAAUCUAUAUAAUGAUUUUGAAACAGAAAUAGUUGAUGGUAAAAUGUAAAUGUUUUGCAAAAAUUCCUUAUAAAAAGUUUUGUAGUAACAUUUCACUGUAAAUUUUUUUCUAGAAAAAAAGAAAAAGAUUUUUAAAAAAAGGAAACCAAGCAGGAAAAAAAAAGAACUGUUUGCCACAGAUUUGGAUUUGGAACAAUCUGCUGGCUAAGCCCAGGGCUCCGCUGACAUUUUUAUGGAGCUCAUUUGUAUAACAUUUGGUUUUUGUGGAUUUGGAAAUAAAAUCAUGUCAAGUUGUUGCCUGCAAAAAUAAUUUGCAAGUAACCUAUUAAAAAUUCCCUUGAGCUUAAAAUGUUUCUUCAUUUAAUUAUGUAUACCAUGAAGCACUAAUAAAUUGUUUGAAUGAUCACCCUGCUCACCACGAUGAACACUGGAUGGCAAAUGCUUCUCACUGAGAAAAGGAUUGGCAUCUCUGCAGUUUCACGUAAUUAAGACCUGCUUGCCUGUCACUGUUUCUCAGCAAAUAGAACUAACCCUACAAGAGAAAUUUACCAGUUCACACUCAGUAGGAAUUUGUAACCAGUGGUCUUGGUUCAUGUGAAAUGAAAUCAGACUGAGAGAAAUUUAUUUUUCUUCAACUUAGAAAAAAAAUCUGUUAAAGGCAAACGUUAUCAAAAGCUGUGGAGGAAUUUGGGAAAUGAAACAGGCCUCCAAGUCAGUAGGUGUGCACCGUACAACGAACGGCAGAGGUGUAGUUUUCAUUUCCAGAACAAAUAGUUUCUAAAAAUCGAAUGCAUGAACUUUGACAGAAAUGAACACUGCAGUCAAUGUGCAGAUUGUGUUUGGCAGUGUAGCUAGCCAGUGUGUGAACUUUGACUGUUCAGGAAUUUGUAAUUCGGGAAACAAGCUAAUAGACACACCUAAAAUCUUGGUUUUGUAGAACUUUGCAAUUCCCCUGUCAGAAUUAUGACUUACUACCAUGUAAUAAAGUGUGCUGGAAAGAAUGGCGGAGAGCACAACUUUGCACCUGCAUGAUGUCAGCGUUCCUUGAUGUACUGCAGGCAUGGGGGUGGAGGGGGGAGAGGUUUGACAGAACAGAAUAUUAGACGAAAACUGGGAUUCCCAGGAAUCUAGAAUGACACAAGCCGCCCUCACCCUGUACACACAGCUCCGUCUGCAGUUAUUUCUGCUUUUGCUGCCCGGGACGUUAGGCGUUCAUGAUAUAAUCAGCUGAUUAAAGAGUCAUACACAA